UGUUUUCUAAUCUCAAUUGUGAUAAACGAAUCGUUAACAUCUAAAUACAUAACGUAGCUACUAAUAAUCACUAGUUUAUGAUUGUUAAUCCAUUUCAUUGAUCAAGUUUGUUAAAUCAUCAUAAUCAAAAUGUUUAAAUUAUCCCAUCUCAUUUUCUUUGUGUUCAUCUUCAAUUCAAUGUCAUCCUUAAGAGAACAGGAUUUUCGUGAUAGCAUUUCAGGGUUUUAUCCUCCACCUUUCACUUAUCAAUUACGAUCCUAUCAAGUUCAACGUCGAAUUGAUUUUCUCGUCGGAAUUACAGAUAAACUACAAUUAACAGAUGAAGAGAGACUAUUCACAAACGUAACGGUACAAUCAUUGAGAAUGUUAUCUGAUCUUAUGAAUACAAGUUCACCAUUACUAAGCAGUCUGAAUAGAAAAAUGUAUGAUGAUCUCUCACAGGAAUAUGAGACUGUAGUCAACCGAUUCAAUCAACAGAUUACAAAUAGAAUUCCUCUCAAUAUUGAUGAACUUACACCCGAAAAGUUGUCCAAUCAACUAUUACAAUCCAAAAUUACAUCACAAGUUUUUCUACUCACCAAAAGGAAAGCUCUACUUUUGAUCGAGGCUUAUAAAGGGGAACUCGAAUUUCUAACAGGUAAACACUCAAAUCCUCUUUCAUUCAAGGCUAGAAUAGCGAAAUAUUGUCUGGAUGGUUUGGAUUCACUUUACGACGAGAUUGAAAAUGUCCCGUUUUCGGAAACAUGGUCAGUACAAACUUUGGUUACUUUAUUACAUCGUUUCGAAUUGAUUCUUAAAAUUAUUUCAAGUGGACCUUAAAAUAAGGAGAUCAAACAAAUGUAAUGGUCAAGAUGAUUGUCAAUUUCGAGGUAAUUAAAUGGUUAAAACAACCGAAACAGAAAUGUGUUUAUUUGAUAUUCUAAAUGGUAGAUGGAAGCACUCGAAAUCUUUUUAUCAUUUUAUAUGAUUAAAAUCAAUUUGAUCUAAUCAAUUUGGACUUAUAAUGUUAGACAAUUUCUACCAGUAAUUAACUUGACAAUAGAUGUUUAAUUAUCUUUCUGUUCAAUUCUAAUGUUGGAAAAAUUUGACUCACUUUCUAUCUGGUAAAUGUAAAUGUAAAUAAUCAUUCAUGAUAAUCUAAUCACAAUUAAAACGGUAGCUGAAAAUUAA